CCCCGCGCCCUGCGUAUUCGGCGGUGUCAAUAAAGUUGUAGCGAUUUGUUGUUGCGGCGGACAAGAUGGCGGCCUCCGUGCUGGGGUCGCUGCUGCGGGCUUUCCGGCAGGUGGUUCCUUCAUCAGCUUCAGGCCAGGUUCGAGGUUACUAUGUCGACUGGAAAAUGUUACGUGAUGUGAAGAGACGAAAAAUGGCUUACGAGUAUGCGGAUGAGAGGCUGCGGAUCAAUUCCCUCAGGAAGAAUACCAUCUUGCCAAAAGACCUUCAGGAAGUGGCUGAUCAAGAAAUUGCUGCCCUUCCCCGGGACAGCUGUCCUGUUCGAAUCAGAAACCGCUGCGUUAUGACCUCCCGUCCCCGCGGGGUGAAGCGGCGCUGGAGGCUGAGUCGCAUCGUCUUCCGCCACUUAGCUGACCACGGCCAGCUUUCUGGGGUCCAGCGAGCCAUGUGGUAAAUCAGCUCCAGAACCUGCUGAGCUUUCAGGGUAACCAGUCCCUGCAAGAAGAGACUUUCCUAAUAAACAAAACCCUAAUUUUUAUAGCGACCCAGUGUACUUGUCUAUAAUUAAAUUACUUUUAAAUUUUA